AUUUUUCGGAGUAGCCCCAGAAUUUUUGGUUUUUUCUUAGUAUUCUCAAUUUACAAGUUUCACACAGGAUUCGCACAUCGUAUACGACUAAGAUUAGAAAUCGCAAAUAAGGAUGGACUGCAGAGCUCCUGGACUUCCUGAAUUCGAGAGUGGCACAGAGGUGACCCACUGCAGCAUCUCGGCUCUGGAUGACACAUCGAUCGGGGAGGAGAAUUCUUCCUCGGACCUGGAACUACCAAAGACUUUCGAUAAGCUGGAGAACAUGAAGCAGCGAGCGCUGUAUUUGAGGAAUCUCCUUAUUAGCCCAUUGCAGUCGGAUAAAACCGACUGUGAGCCAGAGGUUGACCAGCUGAAAUGGGAGAUCGAGCAGGGCGGAUCGGAUAAUGUCGAACUGCGGGAGGUCCAGCAGGAAACCGCCCGGGACUACCAACAAAUCAACGAAGUGGUGCGCCGGCUGAAGGACUCCAAGGAUAGUCUGACCAGACUGGACCACAAGGUGCAGAGAAACAUCCGGUGCACCAGGAAGUUGGCCAAGCGCCUGCUCGAGGUGUCCAAGUGGCAGGAGGAGCUGAAGCACCACACGGGACUGUGCCUGGAGCGGUACAACGACCUCGACAUUUCGCGGGGCAACUACCUCGAGUACAGUGACGACUACGUAAGACGCACCCAAACGAACAUGAAGUACUCGUGUGCCUCAAAGGUCCCCAUUGCUUGCUACAAGCGGGACUACACCGACCUGCAGAACGCCCUGGGAAAAACCCGGAAAUUGCUGCUGCAGUGCCACGACACCCUGUUGAAGCACACCAAGAACCUGGAGGAGGCCAUGUCCUCGGAUCAGGACAAAAAGCUGCUCCCUUCGAUCUCGCAGCUGUCGCUGCUGCUGGAGCAGAACAGCCAGGUGACCAAGCCCAGGAGGUCCAGUGUGAAGGUGCGACGGUCCUUCAAGUUCGCCUGGGCCGCUCCUCUGCCGAAGCAGGAGAAGCACUGGCUGGCCAUCGAGGAUUCCGAGAGAGAUAAUUAAAAGUGCAGCCAACCGCAGAAAUGCCAAUGUUUGGAGUUUGAAGUGCAAUCCAGUUGGGCCUUCUCUGGGCGAAUAAAACACACUUUGGCCGGGCUAAUUGUGCAAAAAUGUUUUGGCAAAUAUUUUGUUAACAAAUUUUGCGGCCAUUUAAGCCACAGAAAUGCAAUUAGCCGUGAACGUAAUUAACCAUACAAAAUGUAAAUGCCAGUGCAGUGGCCACUACAGAUGAAAUUUAAAAAAUAAAAUGAACCGAAAACCACCUGGCGGAUGUGCACAAAAUUUGAA